AUGGCCGGGUUGGGAGCGUCACCCUACGUAUGCUGGUGGCUGAUGCUCGGCAGCUGUCUCCUCGCCAGAGCCCAGCUGGAUUCCGAUGGCACCGUGACCAUAGAGGAGCAGAUCAUCCUUGUCAUGAAAGCCAAAGUGCAAUGUGAACUCAACAUCACGGCCCAGCUCCAAGAGGGAGAAGGUAAUUGUUUCCCAGAAUGGGAUGGACUCAUUUGUUGGCCCAGAGGAACAGUGGGGAAAAUAUCAGCUGUCCCAUGCCCUCCUUAUAUUUAUGACUUCAAUCAUAAAGGAACUGCCUUCCGACAUUGUACUCCCAAUGGAACAUGGGAUUUUAUUCACAGCUCAAAUAAGACAUGGGCUAAUUAUUCAGAUUGCUUUCUGCAACCAGAUAUCAACAUAGGAAAGCAAGAGUUCUUCAAAAGCCUUCACGUUCUAUACACCGUGGGCUACUCCGUCUCUUUGGGUUCCUUGGCUGUGGCUAUUCUCAUCAUUGGUUACUUCAGACGAUUGCAUUGCACUAGGAACUAUAUCCACCUGCACUUAUUUGUUUCUUUCAUGCUGAGAGCUAUAAGCAUCUUUGUCAAGGACAGAGUGGCCCAGGCUCACCUGGGAAUAGAGGAGCUGCAGUCCCUGAUAUUGAAAGAUGACCUGCAAAAUUCCAUUGGAGCACCUUCUGUGGACAAAUCACAAUAUAUCGGGUGCAAGAUUGCUGUUGUGAUGUUUAUUUACUUCUUGGCUACAAACUACUAUUGGAUCCUAGUGGAAGGUCUCUACCUGCAUAAUUUAAUCUUUGUGUCUUUCUUUUCGGACACCAAAUACCUGUGGGGCUUCAUCUUGGUAGGCUGGGGGUUUCCAGUGGCAUUUGUUGUGGCCUGGGCUGUGGUACGAGCAACUCUGGCUGAUGCCAGGUGCUGGGAACUUAGUGCUGGAGACAGGUGGAUUUAUCAAGCUCCAAUCUUGGCAGCUAUUGGGCUGAAUUUUAUUCUGUUUCUGAAUACUGUUAGAGUUCUGGCUACUAAAAUUUGGGAGACCAAUGCAGUCGGACAUGACAUGAGAAAACAAUACAGGAAACUUGCCAAAUCCACACUGGUCCUGGUGCUGGUCUUCGGGGUACACUACAUCGUGUUCAUCUGCCAGCCCCACUCCUUCACGGGGCUCUGGUGGGAGAUCCGCAUGCACUGUGAGCUCUUCUUCAACUCCUUCCAGGGUUUCUUUGUGUCUAUCAUCUACUGUUACUGCAAUGGAGAGGUUCAGGCUGAGGUGAAGAAGAUGUGGAGUCGGUGGAAUCUGUCCAUGGACUGGAAAAGGACGCCACCGUGUGGCGGACACAGAUAUGGCUCGGUGCUCACCACCGUGACUCACAGCACCAGCAGCCAUUCCCAGGUGGCCUCCAGCACUCGCAUGGUGCUCCUCUCUAGCAAGACCGCCAAGACUGCCAGCCGACAGCCAGACAGCCACGUGACUUUACCCGGCUACGUGUGGAGUAACUCGGAACAGGACUGCCUGCCACACUGCAUCCAAGAGGAGCCCAAGGAAGGCACCGGGAGGCAGGGAGAUGAUGUUCCAGUGAAUUCUUCCAGGCCAGUGGAAUGUAGUCUGGUGGCUGAAGGACCUCAAGGAGAAGCCAAGGAUGUUUUCUGA